AAAAAAGCACAAUAUUUAUUUUUUACUAAAGAUUUUAUCAAACAGUGGAACUUAAGAAAUUAAACCAAUAAAAUGACCAAAGGGUACAAAACCAAAAAAUCUAAUUAUUUAGAACAACUGGACAAUGAUAGGAAAAAAGCCGCUGAUUUGCAGAGGGAAAUCGAUGAAAGAAAAGCAAGUUUAGAUUCACCGACGUCAUCAUCGUCAUCAUCAUCAUCAUCGACAUUAUCAACAACAGAAUCAACUGAUUAUUCAAUCUCCCAAGAUGAAGAGAGCGAAAAAGCCUUGAAUAUUUUAGAUACCUUAUAUGACACAAUGGAUGGUUCUACGGACGAGGAAGCAAUCGAAGAAGAACAAGAAUCAUUAGCACAUGAUAUGACUUUCUUUGAAAAUUUUGGAGAAUUACCAGACAUUACAAAUAUAUCAGAAGAUAUUAGCGUUUGUACCAUAGUAGAGGAAAAGGAGGUGAAACCAAAGGAUACCACUAAAGAUAUGGGACAUUUUGUUAAUCCUUUAACGGGCUCAGAAUUUCAUAUGCAUAAACGAUCCUCUUCUCUAAUAGAGACUAGCUCGAGAGAAUCUUCUGUAGCUAGUGAAGAUACAGUUUCCGAAUCACAACAGUCUGAAUUAAGUGAAAACUUAUUACCCGAUGAUUUACUAUUUGCAAAAACUCAACACACUACUUAUGAUAAUGCAGAGGACGAAACUACUAAUGUUCUUUUUGAAACAUUUCUACAAUUAGAAACUACAAAAGUUGAGAAAAUAGUAGACGAUAUCGAUUGGGAGGCAAUUGUUAAACAGCAAGAAGAUAAACUGAUACUUGAUAGCACUUUGGAAUUUAUAAACGAUAUUAUACAACGAGUGGUUGAAAUUGCCGAAUCCAUAAGUCCCGAAGUAAUUUUAAGACAAAAUCUCGAUAAACGUAAACUGUUAUUGGAAAUCUCAAAAGUACAUCAGCAAUAUGAAGUUGAUCUGAAAGUAUCGGACUGGCUUAACCAAAAAGUGGUGGAAUUUUUCAAACGUAAGAAAAUAUUUCGCCCCAUUAUUCAGGAGAAUAUCAAGACUUUGCCUCAGGAAAAAGAAAAAUAUAUUACUGCCGUCAAACGUUUAGAUGAGUUAUUAGCUAAGGAAAGGUCUACCGAUGAUUCUACUACAUAUACCUUCAAACGAAUUCGCAAAGAAUUAGAGGAUGCUAAACAGAAAGUGAAUAGUGAAGUAUUGAUGUUUGAAAGUUUGGUUAAGAAAAAUUUAGUUAGAGAAACUAGUCCACAAUGGAAUGCUCUAAUCGACCUAUUAUUACGCAGAAUGGCAAAAUAUCGUACAGAAGUAAGCGAAGUACGAUAUCGAAUGAUAACAAGGCAACAUACGCAUGCGCUUCUAUUAGAGAAACUCACUAAACUUGAAGAUUUAGGCAAUGGUCUGACCAUAAAGGAUUAUGAUCACAUACAAACCGAAAAUCAAGCCUUGGGCAAGAAAAUUGAAGAACGUAAUAUUGAUCUGAAAAAACUUCACCUACGGUCACGAAAUUGUCUUCAUCUGCUGGCACAUUUCAGAGAGAAAAGAUCCAUCCUGUGUGAUGUUAUGGCAACACAACGUUCCGCUUUAUACGAAUUCUAUGGAGAACGUAGUUCUCUACGAAAAUAUAUUUAUGAAUUGAAAUUAAAACGAAGUCGCCUUCGUAAGGAGAUUAAUGAAUUGAGUAUACAGGGAGGUCUGGUUGAUAAACCGGCUCUAAUGUACGACUAUGAUCAGACAAUGAAGCGUUUGAGAGAACUGCAUGAAAUAGUGAAUCGCUUAAGAAUCACUUUAGAUACUAUUCAGCAAAGAAUACAAAGGCUAGAAAAACGAUUAACCCGAGAUAAUCAUAAUUUUUCUAUGAUUAAGUAGAUUUUUGUACAUGUAAUGCAUUGUGUCAAUGUUGUUACUAAUAAAAUGCAAAUUAUUUAAAACUUA